AUGUCGAACCCAUGGGAGGAUCCAAACGCGCCUCGUCAGGGCCCAUCAUCCCCCGACGAGCUCAUGCGGACUCCAAACCGCUCACCGCAACGGCCGCAGUCACGACGGUCACCACCGAGGUUGGCACAGCCUCAACCAUCCUACCCUCAGGUCCCGGUAAAUCCGAGACCCGCCCCACCAGUUCCUCCGCCCAACGCACUCGCCAUCGCACUCUCCCAAAUCGCAACCUUGUUGCAAAAUCAACAACAAGGUGGAGGUCGAAAACCUGUAGUAAACAAACCAAAGGAUUUCGACGGCAAUAAGGAUGAGUACGAAAAGUGGAAGAUGGAGAUGCGGCUGUUCCUGGCCGAUCACCAGAUCAACGACGAUAACAGGAGAACCAAUAUUAUCGUCAGCUAUAUCCGCGGGCCGAAGGUAGACGCCUUCAUCCGAAUCCUGUACAAUACAAAUUGUAUUGGCGGAUAUUGGCAGAUCUCCAGUACAGAUCUUUGGGGGAUCCUGGACGACCACUAUGUCGAUGCUAGCCUAAGAGAAAAGGCUCAGCAAAAGAUCGAGUACGUGCGUCAGGGAAAUCGGUCGGCCGACGAUUACAUCGUCGAGUUUGAGGAUCUGGCAAGUCAGGCCGGAUACAAUUUGGGUGACGAACAUGUGAAUGGUGCACCCGUAUCCGCGGCAUUGACCGCAACUGGCGAAUUCGCCAGGAGGAAAAAGCUUUGUGGAGCCGCUACCACGGCAACUCAAACGCUUCUGGAAGCAAGCCGGCAACACAACCGGCUCGUCAAGCUGCUCCAGCAGCACCACAAAGAACUCCUGGGGUCAUACCAGUGGCCGGGGUCUCAUACCAGCCAAGAAGGGAUGGAACGGGUACUUUGUACCAAGGAGGUGGGCAGCCGAUGCAGAUCGAUCGGGCUUGCAUCAAAUGCGGAGCGAAGAAAACAGAAAAAGGGACAUGCGGAGACACGUGGCAUCUACCAAACCGGGCGGCAGGGCCUCAGCCACAACGAGUACGUGAGCUGGCUGUCGAAACGGGGGUAG